AUGUCUUACCCAACCAAACCUUGCUUUGUUGGCUCUUUCAAGGGCUUCGACAGCGAGGCCCUCAAACACCCUGCUCUGAGGUACUUUAGCGACCUCAACGUGGAUUUCUGCGAGACCAAGGCUGCUCAUUCGGGGCCGCAUACCAAGUGGAGCAUCCAGGACUGGGAGUUCCAAACCCAACACGGGCAGGUCGUCAAAGGGGAGGAGGCUUGGAAGAGGCUCAUCCAUACAACUCGAUUCUAUGAGAAAUUCUCAAUGGAGCCCCUCUCCGCUUUUAUUCAGGAUACCGAAAACGGGUACGAUGGCAUAGUCUACUCGAAUUUGUAUGCAAACUUUGUGAAGCCUGGUGAGAAGACUUAUUCAGACAUCAAGGGAACCAAAUGGGAGUUGCGGGUUCCCCGCGCUUAUUGCCUUACAUUUGUCAAGGACUCUGAUGGGCACCACGGCCUGAAGCUGAGCAAGCUAGCCAUCGUUGGGGAUGUUUUGGGCACGAUGGCAAUCGCAGUUCAGAGGGAACUAGUUUCGCAAGAAGAUGUCCUUCGAGUCUAG